CUCAUCUAAAGUUGGCUCGAUAAGCUCCCAACCAUCUGGAGGUGGUUUUCGACUCCUCUUCACUUUCGGCAUUUUGUAUUAAUUGAAGAUCGUGCGGCAGUCUCCACAACACCCGCUCGGAACAGGAACAAUUGCGUCACUGACGUCAGCAAAGGGUCUUCGCUCAAUAGUGGCUGGUGAGUGACGUCACUUCUUCUUCUUCUUUUAAAUACUCCACUUUGACAGUCAAGCGUUUUUAGUGUUUUUCAAAAUGUAGGCAGACUAUAAUUUGAGGUCUGAUGCUACAUCUUUCUACGUUAUUGACGGUAGUGUGUAUGGCAACGUUUAACGACCACAGUAAAACCACCAUUUGACGAAAAUCUCUUAUUAUGAUUUACUCGAAACUAAAUUGCUGUUGUGUCAUAAAUUGUGUACAAUCACCCCAUGUUUCUGAUCAAUUGCGUUUUUAUUGUAUUUGUAGUCAGGCAUAUCUUUGAACAACCCUCGGUCGUGUUUGAGAGUUCAGCAGCUGUCAGAUCGUUUACGACGUUAAUAUUAAUAGUUUUGCCAGCUUUUACUUUACAGGCGGAUAACCCAACAACUUCAAGCUUCAAAAUGCCUAAAGGAGGUAGAAGAAGCGGCCACAAGGGUCGCAUGAGGACCUACACCAGUCCUGAGGAGAUAGACGCGCAGAUGAAGGCAGAGAAGGAGAAGAGGAGGGAUGAUGAGGAAGACGGUGCAGCUGACAAUGAUGGUGGAGGAGCAAAGCUGCCGGGGUCCGGCUCUGACGACAGUGACGACGACGGGUCAACGAGGAAGAGAGCCGGCGUCGAGGGUUUGAUACAAAUCGACAACCCAAACAGAGUUGUUCAGAAAUCCAAGAAGGUGACGCAGAUUGAGCUGGACGAGCCUCGGCAGCUCUCGAGGAGGGAGAGAGAGGAAAUUGAGAAGCAGAAGGCAAAGGAGCGCUACAUGAAGCUGCACUUGGCUGGGAAGACAGACCAGGCUAAAGCCGACCUUGCUCGCCUGGCCAUCAUCAGGAAACAGAGGGAGGAAGCAGCAAAAAAGAAGGAGGAGGAGAAAAAAGCAAAGGAAGCGGCGGCGGCGGCAGCUAUGGCAGCACGAGGCGUUCAAAGCCUGUCACUCAAAUAAUGACGCCACCUUCCAUGUGAAUGUCCCGGCAAGAUAUAUGUACCUAUUUUUAAAGAAGAGUAUUUCACAGACCUACUGGCCUCUGAUGAUUGUACGAUAGCAUCAAACCCGACGCUGCCAAGAGAAUGUUCUGACUCCUGCAGGAUGAAGUUCGUGUGCCGUUGUGCGACUUGGAGCCUGAGUUGUUUGUAAAUAUUUGCAGGUUAGUGUGAUGAAACCGUUCAAAUGCUUCCUGUUUCAUCGCCGAGUUAUUUAACAUGUUGUUUUGUCCUUUGGCUGAUGGACAGUUGGUUGUUUGUGUUGAACUGUCCCGAGCUGGAAAUUGGUCAGCAAUACAGAUGUGGUGGGUAUCUCAGUGCUGAGGUGACCUGCCCCCACAGAUCCAGACCUGCUGUUCAAAGUUAUUUUUUAUUGUUGAAAUGAUCCAUGAAAGCUGCUUUGAUCAAACAUAACAGCAUAAAUUGUGUUUUACA